AUGGAUGAAGAUUUUUUUUUUUCCCCCCCAGUCGGUGUUAUCCGCUGUCCAAUUUGUGGUCAGGAAUGUGCAGAGAGACACAUCAUAGAUAACUUUUUUGUGAAGGAUACCACAGAGGUUCCCAGUAGCACAGUAGAGAAAUCAAAUCAGGUCUGCACAAGCUGUGAAGACAAUGCAGAAGCUCACGGGUUUUGUGUGGAAUGUGUGGAGUGGUUGUGCAAGACCUGUAUCAGAGCUCACCAGAGGGUUAAAUUCACAAAGGAUCAUACUGUGAGGCAGAAAGAGGAAGUAUCUCCAGAGGCAGUUGGUGUGACCAGUCAGCGACCAGUGUUCUGCCCUUACCACAAAAAGGAGCAGCUGAAGUUGUAUUGUGAAACCUGUGACAAGUUGACCUGCCGAGACUGUCAGUUGCUAGAGCACAAAGAGCACAGGUACCAGUUUAUAGAAGAAGCUUUUCAGAACCAGAAAGUUAUCAUUGAGACACUGAUCACCAAAUUGAUGGAGAAGACUAAGUACAUAAAGUAUACAGGGAAACAGAUCCAAAACAGAAUUCUUGAAGUGAAUCAGAAUCAAAAGCAGGUGGAACAGGAUAUUAAAGUUGCCAUAUUUACACUGAUGGUAGAAAUAAAUAAAAAGGGAAAAGCUCUGCUGCAUCAGUUGGAGACUCUGGCCAAAGAGCAUAGGAUGAAACUUCUGCAGCAACAGCAGGAAGUGGCAGGUCUCUCUAAACAGCUGGAACACGUCAUGAAUUUUUCCAAAUGGGCAGUUUCCAGUGGGAGCAGCACAGCACUGUUGUACAGUAAACGCUUGAUUACAUAUCGACUACGAUAUCUCCUCCGAGCAAGGUGUGAUCCUUCCCCAGUGACUAACAAUACCAUCCAGUUCCACUGUGAUCCUAGCUUCUGGGCUCAGAAUAUUUUCAAUCUAGGUUCUUUGGUAAUUGAAGAUAAGGAAACUCCACCACAUAUGCCCAAGAGCCCUGUGAUGGAACCAAACUUACAGCCACCAGGCAGCUUACCUCCCAACCAGCUCUCCAAGUUCCCAACACAGAUCAGCCUAGCCCAGCUCCGCCUCCAGCACAUGCAGCAGCAGGUCAUGGCUCAGAGACAGCAAGCUCAACGCAGGGCAGGACCAGUAGUUCUACCAAACCCAAGAAUGCCAGGAGCCAUGCAACAGCCUCCUGCUUCUCAUCAGGCACCUCCACGCUUGAUUCAUUUUCAGAAUCAUGGUCCCAAGCCCAAUGGUUCAGCUCUUCCUGCACAACAGAUGAGAUUUCCCCAAAAUCAGAACCUACCAAGGCCAGCAGUAAAGCCCAACCCACUGCAAAUGGCAUUCUUGGCACAGCAAGCUAUAAAACAGUGGCAGAUCAGUAGUGGACAAACUUCAACCACCCCUUCAACUGCAAGCAGCACAACAUCAACUCCAUCCAGCCCCACAGUCACCAGUGCUGCUGGGUGUGAUGGGAAGAAUUACGGUCCCCCUGUGAUAGAUUUGAGUUCCCCAGUGGGUAGCUCCUAUAAUCUGCCAUCUCUCCCUGAUAUUGAUUGUUCUGGAAACAUCACACUGGAUAAUGCUGUAAGGAAGGAUGGCACUGUAGAGCAGAAUCAGCCAAAACCCCCUUCAAACAGGACUGUGCAGUCACCAAAUUCCUCGGUACCAUCCCCAGGCCUCUCAGGAGGAAUCAGUGUGACAAAUGUACACCCUCCAAUUCGUUCACCCAGUGCCUCCAGUGUUGGGAGCAGAGAGAGUUCUGGCUCAUCCAGCAGGCCACCAGGAGCUGAUUCUACACACAAAGUCCCUGUUGUUAUGUUGGAGCCGAUCAGAAUUAAACAGGAGUCAAAUGCAUCAGACGAGAACUUUGAUUUCCCAAUCGUUGUAGUGAAGCAAGAGACAGAGGAGGAAUCCCGGCCUCGGAAUUCCAUACUUACUUCCUUGCUGCUGGAUACCAAUCACAAUUCCACUUCUGACGAAGCUAUGCUAAGAACAGCUGCACCAGACAGCACAGAUGACCAGCCAGGGGUACUGCAGGAGAGCACAUUCCCUGGGAAAACAGGAUGGAUGGGCUCCUCCCACGCUGGCGAGGGCAGAAAAGAGGAUGAUCCCAAUGAAGACUGGUGUGCUGUAUGUCAAAAUGGAGGGAAGCUCCUUUGCUGUGAGAAGUGUCCCAAAGUAUUCCAUCUUUCUUGUCAUGUCCCAACAUUGAUGAGCUUUCCAAGUGGAGAGUGGAUUUGUACAUUCUGUCGGGAUUUGUCCAAGCCAGAAGUUGAAUAUGACUGUGAUAAACCUGCUCACUGCUCUGAAAAACGAAAAUUGGAAGACACCAUGGGUUUGGCACCCAUAGACCGCAGGAAGUGUGAAAGACUGCUGCUAUACCUCUACUGUCACGAAAUGAGUCCUGCCUUUCAAGAUCCAGUUCCUCCCACAGUCCCAGAUUAUUACAAAAUAAUCAAGAAGCCUAUGGACUUGUCAACCAUCAAGAAAAGACUUGAAGUGACCAAUUCAUUCUACACAAAACCAGAAGAUUUUGUGGCUGAUUUCAGACUGAUUUUCCAAAACUGUGCUGAAUUUAAUGAGCCUGAUUCAGAAGUGGCUGAUGCUGGCAUGAAACUUGAAGCCUACUUUGAAGAUCUUCUAAGGAACCUUUAUCCUGAGAGGAAGUUCCCUGUACAGCCAAACAGCCAGAGUGAAAAAGAUAAUCCAGAACUUAAUGAUGACUCAGAUGAUGACUUUGUACAGCCCCGGAAAAAACGCCUCAAAGGAGAAGACCGUCAGUUGCUUAAAUGAGCCACAUGUGUUACUACAGAAAGUUUUUUUAAAACUGAGAAUAUUUAUCACUGGUAUCACUGUUUUGACUUGUAGGGUUGUGAAUAUUUACUAGACUUUCUGCCCCCGACUGAAACACAAAUCUAAUGGAGAUCAAGGCACGUGAAGAGCUUCUCUGAAGUUCAAACCUUUCAUCUCUUUUCUGGAGCAGCUCAGAAAUUGCCAUUUGCGUGGGGUGACAGCUGUUUAACUUUGCUUUGAAGAAGAAGUUUGUAUAGAAUUGAACUUCAAAACAUGACAUGGGUUCAACAUGUGGCUUUCUGAGUUUGAAGAAAACAUGAUCUCACCAGAUUUUAAUUUUACCAAAGGCAUGUGGCUGGCCAUAAUUUGGUCUCUCUGUACUGUAUUUAACACAAGCCAUGAACAAAGAUGGUGUAAUGUUAUUGUCCUGAAAUACUGAUUGGUAUAAUGAAAGUGUAGUUGCCCCAAAAUAAGUUAUUGGAAAUUUUAAAAUGCAAGGGGGAAAGGGUAUUAAAAAUAACGUGGAAAAAAAAAAAGAAAAAAAAAAGAUUAAUUUGUGUAAGAGUUUCUAAUGGAGGAAGUAAAGGACAGAGUAUUUUGGUUUGCACCAUUUUUCUCACCACCAGCAGGAAACAGUUGUAUUUAUGUACUAUUUUGUUUAACAGGUGUCUCUUUGUGAUGUACCUCUGUUUAAUGAAGUUGGUGGGAAAGUCUUGAGUGGAGAAAUGUUUGUUUGCAAAACCAGUCAUUUUUGUGAAUUUUUAAAGAGGGGAGAAAAAGC